AACGGUCGCGGCCCCGGGCAGCGGCGCGGUGUUGCGCGAGCUCGUCUGCUGCCUCCGGGCUUCCUGCGCGGCCCUCAUGAAGCGCGCUCGCUGACAUCGCGAGUGCGCCGGCUCUCCGUCCUCCUGGGGACCGCGGGGCUGUCCGGCCCGCCGCCCCUGGCGGGUGAAGUCCCCGCUGUGCAGGCCUGCGGCAGCCGCCCAUGGAGAAGGCCGGGAGGGACGGCGAUGGCGCCCCCCGGGGGCCCGUACUGCACAUCGUGGUGGUCGGCUUUCACCACAAGAAGGGCUGCCAGGUUGAAUUCUCUUAUCCGCCCCUGAUUCCAGGAGAUGGACAUGACAGCCACACUUUACCUGAAGAAUGGAAGUAUUUGCCAUUCCUUGCCUUACCAGAUGGUGCACACAACUACCAAGAAGAUACUGUGUAUUUUCACUUGCCGCCCAGAAAUGGAAAUGGAGCCACAGUGUAUGGUAUCUCUUGUUACCGACAAAUUGAAGCCAAGGCAUUGAAAGUAAGACAAGCAGAUGUCACCAGAGAAACUGUUCAGAAAAGUGUCUGUGUUCUAAGCAAGCUGCCUCUCUAUGGAUUACUUCAAGCAAAACUUCAGCUCAUUACACAUGCGUAUUUUGAAGAAAAGGAUUUUUCCCAAAUUUCCAUUCUAAAGGAGCUUUACGAACAUAUGAAUAGCUCAUUGGGAGGAACUUCAUUAGAAGGAUCCCAAGUGUACCUUGGUCUAUCUCCUCGAGAUCUUGUCCUUCAUUUUCGACAUAAGGUCUUAAUCCUAUUUAAACUGAUUCUUCUUGAGAAAAAGGUUCUCUUUUAUAUUUCUCCAGUGAAUAAAUUGGUGGGUGCACUGAUGACUGUGUUAUCCCUUUUUCCAGGCAUGAUUGAACAUGGUCUCAGCGACUGUUCUCAGUAUAGACCCCGAAAAAGUAUGUCAGAAGAUGCUGGGCUUCAGGAAACAAAUCCUCCUGCAGAUGAUUUUGUUUCUGUGUCUGUACCUGACAUCUCAAUUAGCAUCUCGGGAACUGUUAAGAAAACCAUGACAGGAAAUCGUGGAGGUGAUGCUGUCAUACAGACCAGAGAACCUUUGUUCCAAGUAGAAAGUGACAGCAGCAAAGGACCGGAACCCAAUAAUACCAAUCAGUUUUUGAAGCCUCCUUCCCGACCAUCUCCAGAGUCUUCAGAAAGUGACUGGGAGACCUUGGAUCCUAGCAUAUUAGAGGACCCCAGCUUGAAAGAAAGGGAACAGGUUGGGUCAGAACAAACAAACUUAUUCCCAAAGGACUCUGUGCCCUCAGACAGUCCUCCAAUUACUGUACAACCUCAAGCUAAUACGGGGCAAGUGGUCCUGAUACCAGGGCUAAUAUCGGGUUUGGAAGAGGACCAAUAUGGCAUGCCCCUGGCCAUCUUCACAAAGGGAUAUCUCUGUUUGCCUUAUAUGGCAUUGCAGCAGCAUCAUCUUCUCUCUGAUGUCACCGUUCGGGGGUUUGUUGCUGGAGCUACUAACAUCCUUUUUCGACAACAGAAACAUCUCAGUGAUGCCAUUGUGGAAGUAGAAGAAGCUCUGAUCCAGAUCCAUGAUCCAGAACUCAGGAAGCUGCUUAACCCAACCACGGCAGACCUAAGGUUCGCAGAUUACCUAGUGAGGCACGUGACUGAGAACCGGGAUGACGUCUUUUUGGAUGGCACGGGCUGGGAGGGAGGUGACGAGUGGAUCCGGGCCCAGUUUGCAGUCUACAUCCAUGCGCUGCUGGCUGCUACACUACAGUUAGAUAAUGAAAAGAUAUUGUCGGACUAUGGGACAACCUUUGUUACAGCAUGGAAGAAUACACACAACUACAGGGUAUGGAACAGCAACAAGCAUCCGGCACUUGCAGAAAUAAACCCUAACCAUCCAUUUCAAGGCCAGUACUCAGUGUCAGACAUGAAGUUAAGAUUCUCACAUUCUGUUCAGAACAGUGAACGUGGCAAAAAAAUUGGAAACGUCAUGGUCAUAACCAGCCGGAAUGUUGUGCAAACAGGAAAAGCUGUUGGCCAGUCGGUUGGAGGAGCUUUUUCCAGUGCAAAGACAGCCAUGUCUUCAUGGCUGUCCACUUUCACCACCUCCACCCCUCAAAGUCUCACCGAGCUGCCCGAUGGGAAGCCCUGAGCAAGGUGUCCAGAGGCUGCUGUUGCUUUCUUGGGUUGAAGUGUUCCCUGUCCGUCUGCUGCUCCCACACUAUUCCUUGUCACCGGCCAUAGGUCCACGGCAGGGGACCCAGAUGCCGACCUGUUUACACGAACAGUUGCCCUCUUGUCAAGUGAAUGUCACCGGAUGCUGAAAGAUGAAAUCACAACCAUUGCAGGGACGGUUUCCAGGUUGGGGUUUAAUUUGACUACUUUUAUUUCAGUCUGAGCCUGAUUAAAACACACAAGGAAAUGAACCUUGUAAUGAAUUUUGAGUUCUGAUAUCAUACAUUUGUUUACUUUAGAAAAGUUUGUACUUAUGUAAAUUGUGUUUUGUUUUGCUGUUUAAGUACCCACAUGGUCACUGUAAUUUAUAUUUGCUAAAAUUAAGUUAUAUUACUAUUUUAAUUUUUCUAAGAUUAGCCCUAAAAUGUGCUUAUAAGGUUAAGGGGCCACAGAGCCCAACCCUUUUUGCUGAGUUAUCUAAGAUUUUGUUUGUUUAUUUGCUACUCACAAAACACAUUUGUCGAUUCCCUUCCUCCCAGAAACGUAAAAGUCAGAGUGUGGUAGCUCUGAGGUUUUUAACUUGUUCUUUGCAAGUUCUUAAAAACUUACUAGGAGGCAUCAAGGAAUGUCACUAUGCUUUCUUUCUUGUCCUAAGUGUGCAAGUAGGUGUGCAGAGAAAUAGCAUACUGAUGGUUAUAAUGGUGUUCACACAGUUUAACAUGAAUGUGUGUAUAGGGCAAUAUUUUAAAAGCCCUGUAUGUUAGUUUUGUCAAUUCUAGUCAUGUCGCAAUGUUUUACAAGCGUUUUUUAAUCCAAAGUUUGUGCCUUCUAAUUUCUUCUUUUGAAUAGUUUUCUUUUGGGCGUUUACAGACAGGUUUUCUCUUAGUCUUAUUCUUCAUAAAGCUUCUCAAGGCGCUUGGCCUUCCUGCUUCCCUAACUGAAAAUCCUCUAUAAUCAGUCCCCAUCCCCCUCUCAAAGUAUUUAUAAAAGAAAAGCAAGAUGACCCAUAAAUAUUAAAUAGAAAUCCCAUCUUAGCACAAAUUUAGAAAAGCAAGAGGAAACAGAAGAAAACUAUAGCCUCACAUCAGCUGUCUGUGUCACAAAGGACAUCUGGCUUCCUGCUAGACACAAGCCCGUGUGCGCUAUCUACUGAUGGUUUUACACAGCUGGACCUCGUGUGCUGCCAUGCUGAGCUCUCAUUCACUUUUCCAGGGGACUUUGGAUGGAUGUUCUCAGGGAGUACUUACGGGGGACAGACUGCCUUUUCAGUAACAAAGGAUACUUGGAGAAUACAUUGUGAGUAAAAUCUACAUAUGCUAUAAAGAGUAUUGUGAAAAUGAGGGGUCUAAUUAAGAAGGACACUGAUUAUAUGUAUUCCCUAUGAAAUGUUUCUGUUAAGAAGCAAAUCCUCCUGGGGAGUGUCAAAUGGACAUAGGGACAUAAUACUAAAUAUCCCUACAAUUUCCAAUUUGUGUUUUAACACAACUGCAGCAAAUCUAAGAGCAUACUUCCAUUUGUGCAUAAUAACUCAAGAAUGCAGUGAUGAUAAAUUAAUGGACUUAAUGUGAGAACUCCAUUAACUCCACUUCUGCUAGGAAACUUAACCUUCUCAGGAAAUAUUUGAAGAGGAGAAAGUAAUACCAAACAGAACUUUAAAAGGUACUUUAAUCAGUGUUGCACUGAAACUGUAAGAAUUCAUGCUAACAUCUUGUUUCAUGAGGCCACGUUGUUAGUUGUGUGUGAUCGUGUACUAGUGUGCAGUUGGCUACCUUUUGACCCUCAAGUUCAGAGUGCGAGGGGCACUGUGAGGGGUCACCAGCAAGCUGCUGGUUUGUCACGUUGUUUGUACUGUUUCACGAUUGAGUAAACUCCAUUCUCACUCUUUGAAAGCAGUCCAACCCGUACUUUGGAAUCCCGCUGAAAUAAAAAUAAUUACAUGAAAUUUAGCUAUGCUUUAGUACCACUUGUUCCCUAUUUGAAUAUACACUUUAAUUGAACAUUCUAUUAAUAUUUCUAGUCAAGAGUUCACCUUUUAAAGUGAUCCUUUAACUGAUUUCUAACAUGAAAUGAAUAUUUUGGAAGAUAGAACUUUCAUCAUAGAAAUGGCAAAAAGACCACACCUCUGUUUCCUUCAGGUUCUGGGAGGUGUUGGAAGUUUUCAGGAAUUACAGACAAUUACAUUGUUGGCAAGGGCCCUAGGACAGCCAGCACAGUUGAAGGCAGGAAGCCUGACCCCUUGUCCUUGAAUGUGCACAGUUCAGGCAUGGGUUCCAGGCUCUGGCUUAGUGGCCAGCCCAGAAGCAGUAGCUUCCCUCCAAACACUGGCUUUUUGAGCCAUCAGCACGACCCCUGGACCAUCUUCUGACUGUAUCACUGGGAGAGGUAUGUGUUUUGGUGGCCACACUUACUCCAGUGCUUCCCAAGGCUUUUGUAUUUAAGAACUGAGUAUUUAUAAACAGGAUAGGCCUAAGGGACCCAGGGUCAGCUAGACUUCCUUGUGGCAUGCCAGGCACACAGACUGCGUCUAUAGUGUGAUUGCUGUCCAGGUGACUUAAAAAUGGUGUUUGGAAAAAGUACCUGGUUUACUUUGAUUUCUACUAGGCACUAUAGUGACAGUGACAUAGGUAAGGAGGAGAGAAUCAACACUACUCGGUGCCAUGGGCUAAGUGAAUUGAAAAACGUUGAAUGUCUGAUUAAGGCAUAUUUUGCUCAUGUAACCAGUAUGAGCAGUCCCCCCUAAAAGUCCAUUAGUGACACACUAGGCCCAAAGGUUUGAAACUAUUCUCAUCUAGUUUUUGCUUAAAGAAACACAGCAGCAAUAUACUUUGUCAGCAAGCCAGAGUAUAUGACAUAACUUCAACCUUAUCUUGCUUUCCAAGUUCUGUAUUAAGCAUUUAAAUUUUUUUAGAAAGCCAAGGAGAAAGCAAAUAAGGAAGGGAGAGGAAAAAUGAAAAGACAUUGCAAGGCUGAGGAAUAAAGCACUUAAAAUCUGAAUGAAAAUAUUUUGAGAGCAGUAUUUAAUGUGCUAAAGGUUAUAAAAAUUAGAAAUUAAAGUUUUAACUUGACAGUUUCAAGUUUUAAAAUGAAGCUACAACAUUUUUUCCUUGGCAGGCAGGUUUUACUUUUACUUGCUAUUUUGUGGAGAAAAGUUUUGUGAAAGUUAUUGCCUAUGUUACGUUUCCUUCUGGUGCUGGUGACAAGUUUGGGAGCACUCAGCUCUGCAAGGGGCUGAUGUACUGAUGGAUCCCUGGCCGCUUGAACCUUAACCGUUUUAGCCUGUUGUCUGUCAGGGAGUUGGUUGGGACUCUUGGAGUGCAUCACUAUGGAUUCCCUGGUCCCUUGGUCACAGAUGGCACUGAUAUCCAUGGCUUUUCCACCCAGGUCCUUGGUAGCCUUUAAACACGGUAGAGAAUACAGCCUGCAUUUCUAGAAGAUAAUCGUCAUUCCAUGUAGCAUAAUGUGCUGCUAGGAGUUUUCUCAUUCCAAGUCUUUGGACUUCAUAACAUUGGAAUCGUUUUUUCAUAAUUUCCAACAUUCCAUAAAUAUUUGUCAAGGACAGAGAAAAGGAAUGAGGAUCCUUAUUCUUUUCAUAUAAAUAACUUUGUACACAUGACUUCCUGCUUACAUUAUGAAGAAACUAGCUCCCUUGUAUGGUAACUCCAAAAUUAAAAGAUUAUGCACGUAUAAGGGUUAGAUAUAUUUUGUAAAAACUCUGAUGCAUUUGUAUUUCUGUGCUGUUCUGAAGUUUACCUUUUUACUUACAUUAAUUAAAGAUAUAGAAACUAUAUAUUUAAAUCAUGUAAAUGGGACACAGUUUAGGGUUUUUGUUUUUUUU